AUGGCCAACCUUACCAUCCGCAACUUGACUGUGGACACCAUCGAGCUCAUCGAGAUCGAGCGCUACGAGGGCGAGCGUGUUCGAACCGGCGAUGUCGUCUCCAACAUGACCAAUGCCAUCUCCGGCUUCAUCAAUGCCACCGACUUCAGCGCUCAUGAGACCCGAGCCCAGGGCAAGGCCCUCCACAAGGACAAGGCCAAUGUUCGCAUCGAGCCUUUCAAGACCAAGGAGACCGAUAUUCGCGCUGCAGACAAGAACAAGGAGGUCAUCCGACUCACUUUCAAGGUUGCCGACCACAAAUACGAGGUCGACGUUCCCAGCCCCUCACGCAAAUCGGCUGUCAUGAAGAAGCUCGACAACGGCCCCAAGGAACUCACUGCCGUCUACACUCAAAACGGUGCCUUCCUUGCUGUCUUCUCUUCUGCCCGUCUCAAUGCCUGGAUGAAGGAGCUCCACGACGACUGGCCACUUCCGAUGCUCUCUAUCCCCGGCACCCACAAUGCUGCGACCCAUCACAAAGCUCUACCCUCCGUCCGUUGCCAGUCAGCAACCGUCUCUGAGCAGCUUUUGAACGGCGUCCGCUUCCUCGAUGUCCGCGUCUCUGCCAACCCAGACAAUGACGAGCUCACCAUCGUCCACGGCGCCUUCCCCAUCUCCCUCACUGGAAACAAAUAUUUGAAAGACUUUCUCGAAGACACCUACGAGUUUCUCGACAAAAACCCCAGCGAGUCCCUCAUCUUGAGUCUUAAGCGCGAAGGCACUGGCAAGGGCACUGACCAACAGAUGGGCAAGUACCUCAAGAACAGCUACGUUGACAAGAAGCGCGGUCGCUGGUGGACAGAGCCCAAGGUGCCCACUCUCGGCGCCGCUCGUGGCAAGAUCAUCCUUGUUCGUCGCUUCGCCAUCGCCGAUGACCAGAAGAAGGCAUGCUGGGACGGCCGUGGCUGGGGCAUCGACGCCUCGAUUUGGCCGGAUAACUGUGAGGACGGCAAGACUGGCGGUGGUCAUAUCCGCGUACAAGACUUCUACGAGGUCACGGAAACCGAGAACCUUGAGAAGAAGACGGAUUUCGCUCGUCGUCAGCUCGAGCGCGCCGCCGAGCAAAACUUCCUCAUUCCUGGCAUGGACGGCCACAAGGAGGGAGCCAAGACACCCCCCUUCUUCGUCAACUUCCUCAGCGCCAAUUACUUCUUCAACGCCAACUGCUGGCCCGAGCGCGUUGCUGCAAAGCUCAACCCUUCCAUGAUCGAGUACUUGUGCAUUCGCCAUGGCGAUGAGGGUAAGGGUCCCAGGAAGCUCAAGGUGGGAUCUGGUAGCACCGGCAUCCUUGUCACCGAUUGGGUAGGCGCCCACGGCGAUUGGGACCUCAUCCGAUGCAUCGUCGGCAUGAACGCGAGACUCCAGCAUAAGAAGAAGUGA